CCUUCAUUCCCACCUUUAACAUCUCUAGCGCCAACUGCGGUUCUUUUUGGGACGAUACGCUGGACUCCCGCUCUAUUGGAUGCUGGCGUCUGGCUCAUGAGAACCUGAACUCUUUUCUCGAUGGUGUAGUAGCUGUAGACUGACUACACACCCACAAUGCGGCUCGAUAUACGAUCCGGGCCCAUCGCGGCCAUCUUACUUACGAUCCCUUCGCUGUCCUCGGCCUUCUAUCUUCCCGGCGUCGCCCCGACUUCCUACGAUGAAGGGCAGUCGGUCCCGCUUUACGUCAACCACCUCAAUCCCAGCCUAGCUCAGCAAGACGAACAGCUCCAUUCGGUCUUUGCCUACGACUACUAUCAUCCGGCUUUCCAUUUCUGCCAACCGGAGGGUGGACCGGAAGAUGUGCGGGAGUCGUUAGGGAGCAUCCUGUUUGGCGACCGCAUCCAGACCUCCCCCCUCGAAUUGCACAUGCGCAAAAAUGAGACCUGCAAGGCCAUGUGUAAUCAGGUGGAUUUUGAUGCUCGGUCUGCCAGGUUUACAAAUCGGCGGAUUGCGCAGGGGUACAAUAUCAACUGGCUGGUCGAUGGGCUUCCGGGAGCACAGAUCAAUUUAGAAUCCGUGACGGACACCCAAUUUUACAGCCCGGGAUUCGCGCUGGGCGCGAUCGCCGAAAAUGGGGACAUGGUGUUGAACAAUCACUUUGAUAUCUUUGUCGAAUAUCAUCGCGUGGGCUUUGGAAACAAGGACAAGUUCCGGGUUGUCGGAGUGCUCGUCCAACCGGACUCUCGCAGCAACUCCAAGGUACUGCCGGAUGGCAACGUGGAAUGCGGCACCCCUGAGACGGGUGUCGUGUUGGAUGAGGAUGGAACAUCGUCGGUGACUUGGACCUACGGUAUUUACUGGCGCGAAUCGCCCACUCCCUGGGCCACUCGCUGGGAUAAGUACCUCCACGUUUACGAUCCGAAGAUCCACUGGUUUUCGCUCAUCAAUUCCGCCGUUUUCGUUGUCUUCCUGGUCGGCAUGGUCAGCAUGAUCCUUGCCAGGGCUCUCAGAAAGGAUAUCGCCCGUUACAACCGCCUGGACAUGAUCAACUUGGAUGACCUGGAUGGAACGUCGGCUGCUGUGGAGGAUGGGAUCCAGGAGGACUCGGGCUGGAAAUUAGUGCACGGCGAUGUCUUCCGCUGCCCGCAAUCUCCCCUGCUUCUGAGUGUCCUCGUUGGUAAUGGCGCUCAGCUCUUCAUGAUGACGGGCGUGACAGUGGUGUUUGCCCUGCUGGGGCUGCUCUCUCCUGCGAAUCGCGGUUUCCUGGCCACUGCGAUUCUGUUGAUCUACACCGUGUUUGGGUUCAUCGGAGGGUAUGUGUCCGCGCGCGUCUACAAAUCGCUCGGUGGAGAGUCGUGGAAGCGCAAUAUCGUCAUGACUCCUGUGCUCGUCCCCGGCUUCAUCUUCGGUACCUUCUUCCUCCUGAACUUGUUCGUCUGGGCCAAGGGGUCCAGCGGGGCGGUGCCUUUCACGACCAUGCUGGCUCUUGUUGCCAUCUGGUUCGUCAUCAGCGUGCCUCUGAGCAUUGCGGGUAGCUGGCUUGGUUUCAAGCAACGGCCUAUUGAGGGUCCCACCAAGACCAACCAGAUUCCUCGCCAGAUUCCUCCCAUGACAGGAAGCCUGCGUACCAUUCCGUCUCUGCUCCUGACGGGUAUCCUUCCCUUCGGCGCCAUCUUCGUCGAACUGUACUUUAUCAUGACCUCCCUUUGGACUAACAAGAUCUACUACAUGUUUGGAUUCCUGUUCCUCUGCUACGGUUUGAUGAUUAUCACGUCCGCGGCCACCACGGUGUUGCUGGUUUAUUUCCUGCUCUGUGCCGAGAACUACCGCUGGCACUGGAGGGCGUUUGCCGGUGCCGGAAUGACCGGCGGCUACGUGUUCCUCAACGCCCUUCUCUUCUGGGCCACUCGCGUUAGCUUCGGCGGUAUUACCGGUGCGGUGUUGUAUGUGGGCUACUCGGCCCUGAUUGGGUUUGUGGUGUUUAUCUUGACCGGCUCCAUUGGUUUCUUCGCCAGCUGGGCCUUUGUGCAGCGCAUCUACGGCUCGAUCAAGGUGGAUUAAUUAGAUCUCGAUCUAUCCUUGGUUGCCCCUUUUUCGCGCAACAGGCCGGACGAUGAUGCUCUCAUCACACGUGUCACGCAUCAUGCAUCUCACAUCAUGGCUGCGACUUCCAUCCCUUCCGGACGAGAUUCGGUGGCUUCCGGGGACGAUGCUUUCGCAUAUAGAAUGAAGCCUGCUCGGUGACCGACUGCUUUUGAAUAUCCCUGUACAUUUUAUGGCUCUUUUUCCAUGGCUCAAUCUCACCCAACGCUUUACCAUUCCAUGUAUAUAGACUAGCGGGGAGUGUCUCUAUCUUACUCAUCACUCAUCUUAUUAUUCUGGUUGUUUCCAUUCUUGUCUCUCCGUGGACCCGGUUCCCUGAGCCGAGGUGUAUCCACUUACCACAGUCGGUUGGCUCACCGGAUAUAUACCGCGUCACACGGACCAGGUUGGUAUUGCGGCUGGUUAGUGUCACUGUAUGAUAUCGAAGGAAUUUAGC